GGCAGAAGUGUCCGAAUUCUACCUCUACGGCGAGCCGAUGUUUCGACGCAUUAAUCCACUGGAUGCCGUCGGCCGUCGGCCGUCGGAAACGGACUCGUAUACCACCGUUCGUGUCGACACGAUGGAAAUUUCGCGAAAGCGGAUUUUGUCGCCAGCCUCCGAUUCGUGUUUCGCUUCUCUCGCAUAUAUAUAUAUUUCGCGUUGAUCGCUCGUGAGUGUCAUCGGCAUCGAUGAAAGUGCCGACGGAUUGCCGCGGCUCGUCGAGGCAGGUUAUGCGACGUACUAUUUGCAUUGCGAACGGUACGCACGUCCGCUAUGACCUUUUAUGACGCCGGUUGAAAGUGCGUGAUGGUAUUGUGAUGGCGAAUCCGCGGAUGAUCGUGACGAGUGAUUCGCGCUGUGCUUUCGCUCGAAGUGAAGGUUAAACCUCUGUGGUCCAAUGUUGUUUUCGUAACUUUUCUAGUCUAACCGUCGCUGGUAUCCGACAGUGUUUUUGAAAGGGUUUCUGGUGCUCUAAAAAAUCUGAAAAAAUUCUGGUACGUUCUUACAACAUUCCAGAAUACGAUUUCACAAUCGUUUGUCCCGAAACGUUUGUCAUUUUCUUUGUGCGCAUUCCAAUUUAAGGCAGAAUAAUGCAAAAUUGGAUAUUCGUCUGAGUCUUCAAAUCCUCGGUUGGAUCACGGUGGGAUAACGUCGGCAUAAUUUCGCAUUUUGAGGUGUCGAUCGCGCUCUGUACGUCCACUCGCGAAUGACUGAAAGAUGACAUUUAGCAUAAGAUCGUGUCUCAAGUGGAAAUUGAAGUUACCAAAGUGACAUUGGUUCGAAUAUCUCGUUGCAUUGGAAUACGAUAAACAAUUGCGGAGAGUAUCGUAUGAGACACUGUAAAAUAACCGGGUGAUCGUCGCGAAAGUGACUAAUGUUUGUGCGAGCAUUUGUGUGUGAUCGUGAUCAAUUGUGGAUUAGCAAGAAAAAGAAACAAAGCGGCAGCCAGGUGCAGGACGGAUCCGAGGUUCAGUGGAAAAACAGUUGCGGCGCAUCGACUGAUAGAAGAAAGAUCGCAUCUGAGGCACGUGAACGUUUUCCUUCUUCAUUAAAACAUUAUCAUCUUCGUCCGAGGGGACGGUCGCGAGGGUCGGCGAGGGUGAUGCUCUUGGCGAGCGGAAGUGAGGAGCCCCAGGCGGCUUUUCUCCCUUCGUGCCCCUCGAGGGAGGAGAAGAAGGAUCGCAGCAGGGUCGGUCCCUGGCCUGCGGGCUGCAGGUGCAGCUGAAACUGGAAGCGGCCAGCAGGGAGGAGUGCCUCGUGGUGCACGGCGGUGCUCCUCUAACGGCGGCUAGAAGGGAGUUAUGGUGUCUCGCACAUGCAAUGCCUGUGGCCGCCGCAGCCGUGGCACUGUGGCAACGUGCCCAUCUCAAGGCGCUCGCCUGCGUCGUUCUCGCUCUGAUCGCCGUCCAGUAUUUGCUUAGCGGCGGCGUGCUCGAUCGUCGUUCCAUCGAGACUAUUUUCACGAUCAACGCGACCAGAUACGCGGAUCGCUCGUACAGAACCCACCCGCGUGGCUUGAUCAUAUACGGUCAGCCAACCGUUGUGCCAAGUUUAGCCGCGGGUGGCAAUGUAUCCUCGACGACAAUACUUUCGAUACUGGGCAAAGGCCUCUCAAACUCGUCCAAAUCCGAACCGGUGCCGAUCAGAAACUUGGUCGCCGUCAGUGGAACCACAAGAGAGCUUCCGGUGGCGAACGCGACCAGCAACGCGACGAUGCCACGGUGUCCCCUCAUCCCACCGAAUUUGGUUGGACCGGUGGUCGUCAGUAAGUCACCGCCACCGCUGUCCGAGUUGGAGAGGUCGUUCAUGGAGGUGAAGGCGGGCGGUACAGGCCGGCCCUCGGACUGCGUGGCCAGGCAUCGCGUCGCCAUAAUCAUUCCAUUUCGCGAUCGACCGCAGCAUCUGCAGACCCUUCUCUACAAUCUGCAUCCGAUCCUGCUGCGCCAGCAGAUCGACUAUCAGAUCUUCGUGAUCGAGCAGGAAGGUACCGGGGCCUUUAAUCGAGCAAUGCUCAUGAACGUCGGCUACGUAGAGGCUCUAAAGGAAAGAACCUUCGACUGCUUCAUUUUUCACGAUGUUGACCUACUUCCGGAGGACGAUAGAAAUCUGUACACUUGUCCCGAACAACCCAGGCAUAUGUCAGUCGCUGUGGACAAAUUCAAGUACAGGCUACCUUACGCCGAUCUCUUCGGCGGCGUGUCUGCGAUGUCACGCGAACACUUCCAACUUGUUAACGGCUUCAGCAACGUCUUCUGGGGUUGGGGCGGCGAGGACGAUGAUAUGGCGAAUCGCAUCAAGGCCCACGGUCUGCAUAUCUCGCGAUAUCCGGCAAACGUCGCGCGUUACAAGAUGCUCACGCACAAAAAGGAGAAAGCUAAUCCGAAGAGGUACGAGUUCCUGAAGACAGGCAAGAAAAGAUUCUCCACUGACGGGUUAGCUAAUCUGCAAUACGAGCUGAGCGACAAGCGGAAGCCGAAGCUGUACACGUGGCUCUUAGUGAGACUGACGCCGCCGCAGCCUAGCUGAUGGCUACCAUGGCUCGGCUAAAGGCUCCAGCACGCCAAGCUUAUUUCUAGCGAGGUCAAUGCGAUUGUGUCGCGAAAACGUGACCCUGGGGCUCGCCGUUCGUCAAAGAAGCAAAACUAAAGACGAAAGACAUUUCUGCGAAAAGAAACGCGUGGACGUUCUCUAAAGACACUCCUGGAAAUGCUGGAAUUCCGAUUCAUCGACAAAUAGACGAGAUCCUGAAUGCACCGGCCACUUUUUAUCCUUCAUUAAUCUAAUUACGGACACCUCUGGCCAUCCAAUAAAUAUGUAUAAUAUGGCCCAUUGGAGGGAAUUAAAAAGCUCGAGUCAGAGUGGUGAAUAAUGAGGAAGAUGAGAAUAAUAAUAAAAAAAAACGCUUUGUAAGAUUUUAUUAUCCUUAAAAGUUAUCUCUACUGACACGGCCUGUAUUCAGGAUUGUCGAUUGAUCCUGUCGUUCUUCCAUCGUUUCGCCAAAGAUUGCUCUCAAUGUUCUUUUUUCUUCCAAUCAAAAAAUUAAUAAAGCCGAAGGACUAAAUUUAAAUGACAUUUGCAUACUGUAUUAUUCGGAAGAAAUUCCAAGAUGAAAAAUUACUGAAAGUUUGGCGCACAGGAUCAACGAGAGAUUGGAUGCAGCGUCAGUGAUAGGGAGUAGAAAGAUGCUGUCAUGUCGAGGAAGUUUGUCGAGUAUCUCGCCGCUGCGUGAGGGUCUCGUCUUCAGUUUUCCGCUCCUCUAAUGGAGAGGACGUUGUUACGUGAUAUAUUUUUAUUCCUCAUAUUUUUUUAUCGCGAUGAUAGGUUAAAGAACAAGUAGAGAGUAGCAUACGAGCUGACGUGCCAAAGGAGAGUGUACGUGAGUGUAUGUGUGUACAUGCGUGCGUGUUACUGUGCGGAAGAAAGAGGGAGGAGAGAGAACAAGAAGAGCCAAGAGAACGAAAAGGAAGAAGCUUCAAUAUCCUUCUUAGAGCUGAGCCACGAUAUUAUGAACGCAAAGCAAGCUGUCGUCGCUCGAGGGGACUUUAGAGAGCUUCCGCUGUUAUGACUUGAAAUAUCGUAUCCAUCAAAAAGCGAUCACCGUGCACGAUAAAGCCUCAUUAGCGAACAAAAUAAUCGGACAAUGAAGAUCUGAGAGAUCGUAUGAUGAUCUGUUAAUAAUAAAUAAGUCAGUCGGUAAUCCUCUUAGGUUUUAGCACGACUCGACAGUUAGCGGAAUUAACUUCCGACCUUCUAACCUUCCAACCUUUCCGCUAACGAGGAACCAUUCUAAACGGUGCUAAAGAUAGAGACUGGAUUAGAGUGCGUAAUGAAGGGACAGAGAGAAGGGCGAAUAAUGUCGCGGGUAAAGUUUCUUAUAGGAUUAAUUAUAUACACUCAAAAUGUAAUGCGAGACGUUUGGAAUCGCUUUUCAAGGUCGCAUAUCGCUCGUUAUCUCGAGCCUUGAUCCCGUGUGUACUGUAAGUUUGUAACUCGAGUACUUGUGGCGGGAUUGAAGCUUAUUUUUUUACAAGGUUGCUAAAUUAUCGGUUGACUUCGUUGCGAGGGGAUUGAUUUCUCGGAUCGAUAUCAGCGCGAGCGGCUGUGUGAAAUGGAGAAACGGUACUUAAUUGUUGUUUGUCAUUUGGUGAACGAGCUUCGAGUGUACGUACGCGCUUACGUUCGCCCGUGUAUAUUUAGGUACGAGAGAGACUGUUCGUUUCAACAUGAAAGACGCUUCCAUAUCGUUCGUUUCAUAUAUUUGCGAAAUAAGAACUGCAAGCUCCUACCAUAGGCUUAAUAUUUCCAAGUUUAGUUGCACCACUAUCAAUGAAAAUUGGAAAAGUUUCUUUUCCAAGAACAGACAGUUUCUAACUGAUGUCGGCUGAAGUUUAACUUUAGUUUAGCUAUUGUCGUAUUUUUCUUCAGAGAACUAAAAUUACAAAGAAUUACUUAAAAUAAAAUUCAAUUUAAGAAAAGCAAGAAGCUUGGAAAAUCUUAAUGAAAAAUCACAAACGAAAGGAGAAACUUUUAAUUAACAUAUUAUGUAAUAAUAAAUGAAUUGUUCGAUUUGUUACCAGAACCGGUUCUUAAUUAUAUGAUUAUUUGCACAAUACACCUACUUAAUGUAUGGAUCAAAAAGUCUAUUUCAAUAUACGCGAGCGUGAAAAUUUAUAUGCAGAACGAUAGCAAGCGCAGUCAAGACUUAGGAUACAUUAACAUAUCACGUCUUGUCAUAGACACAUGAGUGAAACUUUACUGUGCUGUGUUGGACGAGCAUACUUAAGCGUUAGGCGCAAGCAAGAGCACGGGCUGUGAAUAAUGCAUCUUUUUGCAGUCGUACGAAUCAUAAGAAAGAGUAGGACAGUAAUCAGGCUCGUUGCGGCGACGAGUGACAUAAUUAACAUCCUUUUCCUUCCGUAUCGCGUAAUUAGCAGCCGAUCGAUACUUUGUCUCUUUUUUAUUUCAGGCUCUCUGAACCCAUUCAGCGACUUUUCGAAGUUUUUUUGGCUUAUCACUUUGCGUUUUUAUAAAGCUUUUCUUGAAAUCUUCCAGUAAAUGCUUAAUAUCAUCAAUUUAAUAAUAACUAAAGGAAUUCUACAUUAUUGUCAUCAUUUAUUUAUUUAUUUAUUUAUUUAUUUAUGAACUAAAAUCCAAUUAAAAAAUAUCGACAAGUUGUGUUAUUUGAUUAAUCUAAUUUUUAAUUUACUUGUUUUUUUUUAUUUGUGAGUAGAGGAAUCACAAAUGCGAAGUGAUAAACGCCAUAAUUAUUUAGUGAAAGUAGACAUCAAUUGAUUCGCGUUAUACAAGGUGGCAUAUACGAAGAUUCUGACUGAAAAAUGUAUGAGGUAUGUGAAAAAAUGUAUUGGGUGUGCGUUUGGUGCGUUCUUAUUGCCGUUCCUGUGAUUCAACAUUCCGAUAUUGUUAUCUGAAUAUAGAUUAUCAAUUCGUACGUUCCGUUAUCAUUUUUGUAUAAUCUAAAACUUGAUCUCCUCAGAUCCGAGACUUUAAUUGCAACAUAAAUAUGUCGAACAAAAAUCACAUAUAAGAAUUUUUGCCUUCUCGUAUGAAAAUUCUACAAACGUAGGACAGAAAUGUUAAAACAAAUUAAAAAUUUUUUUCUAUUUAGAGAAAAAAAUUGAUAAUUCAGAGUAACAUAAUUUAAUUAAAAUUACAAAAAUUAACUUAUUAGUUUAUAUAACGCAGAACUGAAGAUCUGAGGAAGAUAAUUCACCAGAAGAUUACAAAAUUCGUAAUUAAAAUGUAAUUUUAUUGAGAUGUGUAAGAAUUGCUUCGAAUAUUUUUUGUUACGCGGAUUAUUAAUUAAUUUGCAGCCAUUGAACGGAAAGCGAUACGAACGUGCGAGGAAAAAAAAACAGGAGUAAUAUUUCAAUAUAGCUUAAGAGAAACCGUUGUAUCAUAUUACUAUCGUUAUCGAAAUAAUCUAUAAGCUAGGAUAGGGGUGAAAGAAAAUAUUCAACGUGCGCUGCAGAAGAAGUAUAAGUCACAAUUUCCAAGGAUUAUUAAAUUGCAUCAAUGUUAACCGUAAUCAAAACUGUAAACUAUCGUUAACGAUAUAUGUCAAUUUUUCAUUUCAUCUAAAUUCUUUUAUCUACAAUUCAGAAUAUUCUAUUUUUAUAUCCAUUGUAUCGAACAUGCUCGAUGAAAUUAUAACAAAAAUAACUAAUUUGACAUAGCUGUCAGAUAGAUGUAUAAGAACCGGACAUUCAUUAUUAAAUUUCUAACUCAUAUUUUUCUGGAGCACGCUGUAUGCAAAGUGCGUCGCGUAAAGUGAUCCAGUCGCGAUGUUCAAAUGUAACAUAAAAAAUAUUUUGUUUUUCCCGGAAUAUUGCGUAUAAUCGAAUUCUUUCUUUUUUCUUGUAUUUUGAAAAUAUGGUUGAGUUUAUUUACGCGGGACAUUUUGUGUAACAUGGAUAUACCGAUAUGACAAAUUUGGUGUGCUCGAAAUGCCGUACGAGAACUUCGCAGGAUGUAGUCAACCUAUUUCUUGUAUUUCUGUGACUAAGAGAGCUUCCGUCGAGGAAACGCGACUUUUAUACGUACCACUGUAUAUCAUGCACACGGAUUUUUGCGCACACGGAAUGUAAUUUAAGAAAUUUAUUUAUAUAUCGAGAAAGAAGAAAGAGGGUAUUUCGCGGUAUCAUCACGACCGCAGGAGUUAUGUAGUUUUACGGUCAAUUUAUGAUUGCUGUAGGUAUUGUUACGAUAGAUUUAUAAGAAAUCGUUUGCAGCGUGGAGUGCAGUUAUUUUUUAAUACAUCCAUCGCGAAAUGCGGUUCUCGUGCGGCGUGCGCGAUUGUUAAACGCCGAUUACAGAAAAAACGAAAUAGUGAUUAAACGUAAGCACCCCGUAAAUGAAAAAAAAACCAAUAAUCGCUAAGUAUUUAUAUGAGAAGAUAGGCGACAGAGAAAGAGAGAAACGACAAGGUACCCAGGCGUAAAAUAAUUACGAUGUGUAAUAUGUAUAUUAAAUAUAUACGCCAUAUAUUCCGUCGCUAAUUAGAAAGCGUCAGGGAAUUUUCAAAGCGCGGACACGAGGACUUUUCACGUUGUUAAUAUCGAACUGUGUCGAACGCGAGAGGAGAAAAUAUUCUACAAAUAUUCCGAGAAAGGAGCGUAAGACGUACACAAUUACGAAUUUUCUAAGAGCAUUUCUGUAACUAGCGAGAGAUAAGUCGAAUUUAAACUUAUACAUGUACCUUAAAUCCAAUAUAAUAUACCGAAACUUCUCGGAAUAUUUUCCGAGCUUUUAAGAUUGUACCAUCGAAAUGUGCGUUUCGAGAAUUCACAUAAUAUUCUCAGAUAUCUCUUUUGAAUUCUUACAAUAUUACUGCAUAAAAAUUGUCAAAAUAUUCUGAAAAGAUUUUCAGGAUACUUUUCGUCUCGAAAGAAAAUACAAUAUCUUCUCGACUGUGUGCUCAUCUCGCGUCACUGGUUUGAUUGACACUUCCCAAAAGGGACAACUAAAGUAAUCAUCACAGAAUCUGUCAUUUGAAAGCAACUGUAUCUGAUUUUUAUAAAAGUCCAUUAGAAGGAAAAAGUUACGAAGAUCGAUGAACGAUAUCUACGUAAAUCGGCCAAGGGUAAAUUAAUCUAAAGCUAAUACACAAAUUAGGGACUAUCCUCGUGUACGUAAUAUUUGCUUCUUCUCGAUUUACCAGAACGUCUAGGAAACUAUUCCUUUUCACAAGUUACAUUCGUGAUGUACUGAAACAAUAAAUUUCUGUUAAA